CUCUCCGCGCUUCCGGGCGGCGGGGGCGCACGGGGACUGCCCAGGACGGUGCGAUGGAGUCGAGCGGAGGCCGCGCGGAGGGCUCGGGCCGCGGCCCGCGGGUGCUGGUGGUGGGCGGCGGUAUCGCGGGGCUGGGCGCCGCGCAGAGACUCUGCAGCCACCCGGCCUUCCCGCAGCUGCGGGUCCUGGAGGCCACUGCCCGGGCCGGCGGCCGCAUCCGCUCGGAGCGCGGCUUCGGUGGUGUGGUAGAGCUGGGUGCCCACUGGAUCCACGGGCCCUCACAGGGCAACCCGGUCUUUCAGCUGGCUGCCAAGUACCAGCUGCUGAGAGAGAAGGACUUGUCAGAGGAGAACCAGCUGAUUGAAACUGGGGGUCAUGUGGGCCUGCCCUCCGUGUCCUACGCCAGCUCUGGGGUAAGUGUGAGCCGUGAGCUGGUAGUGGAGAUGGCGAGUCUGUUCUAUGGUCUCAUAGACCAGACUCGGGAGUUCCUAAACACAGCCGACGCCCCAGUGCCCAGUGUUGGGGAGUACCUCAAGAAGGAGAUCCAACAGCGCGCGGCUGGCUGGAUGGAGGAUGAGGAGACCAGGAAGCUCAAGCUGGCCAUCCUCAACAGCUUCUUCAACGUGGAGUGCUGUGUGAGCGGGACCCACAGCAUGGACCUGGUGGCCCUCGUGCCCUUUGGGGAGUACACCGUGCUGCCUGGGCUGGACUGCACCUUUCCUGGGGGCUACCAGGGGCUCACAAACCACAUAAUGGCCUCCUUGCCAGAGGACGUGAUUGUUUUUAACAAGCCUGUGAAGACCAUUCACUGGAACGGGUCCUUUCAGGAAGCCUUGUCUCUUGGGGAGACGUUUCCAGUGUUGGUGGAGUGCGAGGACGGAGCCUGCUUCCCUGCACAUCACGUCAUCAUCACUGUGCCCUUAGGUUUUCUUAAAGAACAUCUGGACACCUUCUUUGAACCACCACUGCCCACUGAGAAGGCAGAAGCGAUCAGGAAAAUGGGCUUUGGGACCAAUAAUAAAAUCUUCCUGGAGUUUGAGGAGCCCUUCUGGGAGCCAGACUGCCAGUACAUCCAGGUGGUAUGGGAGGACAUGUCACCCCUGGAGGACGUCGCGUCUGAGCUGCGGCACGUCUGGUUCAAGAAGCUCAUUGGCUUUUUGGUCCUGCCUUCCUUUGACAGGUCUGUCCACGUCCUCUGCGGCUUCAUCGCCGGGCUGGAGGCUGAGUUCAUGGAGACGCUGUCCGACGAGGACGUGCUUCUGUCUCUGACCCAAGUGCUUCGCAGGGUGACAGCUCCAGAUACUGUUUGCAGGGGAAGCCACACAUCGCACGUUUUACUCCACCACGCACGGGGCUCUGCUGUCUGGCUGGAGGGAGGCCGACCGGCUCAUCGCUCUGCAGGACCCACAGGCACAGCUGCCUGGGCCCUGGCUCUGAGUCCUGCUUCUCCCCUUCUGAGCCCAGCUCCGCCCCACCAGUGCCACGGGGAGGCUGACAGACAGUGUCUGUCCUGGCUUGAGAUUUGGGGAUGUUAAUGACAGCCUGCCUUUUUUGGUGACUGGAGGAAGCUCUCAUCUUUCAUGUCCCUGAGUCUAGCCAGGGUCUAGCUAGAGCUGAGUGCGAAGUCUUCUUGGAGAAAUGAGACAUGGGAGGCCACCACUGCUGCUGGGGCAGGCACAUAAAGUCUGUUAACGCCUC